CCUCCACACAGUUUUGGAUCCUGCUUCACAGAUCCACACCAACACGCAGUUCCCUAUAUGGAGUCUCGACCACUGGGGGUGCUGUGGAGCAAUUUAUUUCAAUGAUCAGAUCCCUGAAGAACACACACAAAAAUGGCCUCCAACUUCAGCCUCUUACAUGAGGAUCAGUUUCUCUGUCCGAUCUGCCUGGACACGUUCACUCAACCAGUCUCCACACCAUGUGGACACAACUUCUGCCUAUCCUGUCUCUCAUCCUACUGGGACGACGAAACCGUCUGUCAGUGCCCGGUCUGUAAGGAGACGUUCGGGAGGAGACCCAAUCUCAAGGUCAACACUUUCAUCUCAGAGCUUGCGUCGCAGUUCACGUCGCUUCAAGUCACAGAUGCUCACACCUUGAGCCCGGAACGACAGAAGGAUAGCGCUGGCUGUGUGGUGCUGUGCGAUGUUUGUACUGACGUCCAGCAACUGGCUGUCAAAUCUUGCUUUGAGUGUCUGACUUCAUACUGCAGCGUUCAUCUGGAGCCCCAUCACAGAGCUGCCGGACUGAAGCGACACACACUGGUCGACCCUCUGGCGAACCUGCAGGACAGGAUCUGCGGGGAGCAUAACCACAUCCUUACAUUGUUCUGUUUUAACGAUAAAAUGUUGCUGUGUGACGUCUGCGUCCGUUCUCAGCACGUGAACCACGAUGUCUUUCCUGUGCAGCAAGCAUACAGAGAGAUGACGGGUGUGCUGGGAGACACAGAGGCCAGAGUGCAGCAGAUGAUCCAGGAAAGGCAACAGAAGCUGAAAGAAAUGGAGGAGUCAGUGAAAGAAAGCAAGAGAGAGACUGGAGACGUGAUAGCUGAGAGUGUGAUGGAGUUAACAGCCCUGGUGUCUGAGGUUCAGAGGAGCCAGACGGAGCUCGUGAAAGUGAUAGAGGAGAAGCAGAAAGCAGCAGAAGAACAAGCGGGUGUUUUUAUUGCCGUAUUGGAGCAGGAGCUCACUGAGCUGCAGAUGACGAAGAUGAUGCUGAGGGACAUAAAACAGUCUGAAGACCAUCUCAGUUUCCUCAAAACCUUCCCAGACCCAUCCGUCCUCCUACCACACGUUACGGACCUGUCCUCUUUCAGCUUCAACAGACACAUGGAGAUGUGGCACGUGCAGAAAUGUCUGAGCAGCUCUGUGUCUCAACUGCAAACGUUGCUGAGGAAAAUGACAGCGGAAAUCACAACGUUCUCCGCGUCGAACAACGUCACGCUGAGGUACCUGCAGCAGUAUGAAGUGAACGUUCUGCUCGACCCUGACACAGCUCACCCUCUGCUCAUUUUGUCCAACGAUGGCAAACAGGUGAGAUACACCAAGGGCUCACUUCGGCGGAGGAUCCAGGACGUGAAGCCGGGCGAGUUCACGGUGCAUCUCGCAGUUCUCGGACGAAGAGGCUUCUCGUCACGAAAGUUUUACUUUGAGGUGCUCGUGAGUCAGAAGACCGAGUGGUGUCUGGGUGUGGCCACGGCUUCGAUACAGAGGAGAGGGGUACUCACUCGGGGUCCUGACUCCGGACUCUGGGCCAUCUGGUUCAUAGAAAAUAGGUUUGAAGCCUUUUCUACUCCAGGUGUGACGGUAUACCCGGGGAAAGUAGAGAGGGUCGGCAUGUUUGUGGAUUACAACAAAGGUCUAAUAUCGUUCUAUGACGUGCAGACUGCCACACUCAUUUACUCAUGUACUGACUGUUUCUUCACAGAGGAGCUUUAUCCAUAUUUAAACCCCUGUGAUAAUCAGUAUGGCUCAAACUGGGAUCCGAUGGUCAUUGUCCCUGUCACUCGUAUGGAGGACUUGAUUUGAGGGUUCAUUUUUCUAAAGAUUUCAAAAGCACCUUGUAUCAAAUGAAGACAUUUUGUUCUGUCAAGUGUGUGUGUGUGUGUGUGUGUGUGUGUAUACAGUGGAUUGAUAUUUUUUAUAUAUUUAUACAGAAAUACCUAAAUGAUCCAUGAAAUAUGUCGCAGGAAAACUGUGAGAAUUUCAAUAUCUUGCAAUGUUAAAGAAAGCAAAAAUAAAUGCCUGGUUCUGCUCCCUGAUCUUACAAUACAACCAACCAUCCAACAAACGGACAGGGGUGAAAACAUAACCUGUUUGGUGGCGCAUGUGAUUUUUAUCAGUUAUUAUUGACCAACUGAUAAAUCGACUAAUUGAAUCAGUUGAGAUGAAGAUACAACGAUAAGAGAUCAAAUAUAAAAUCCAAAUGUGCGUCUAAAUGAAGCUUUAACAGCCUAAUAGGUAAAACACACUACCAUAUCUUUGCAGCAAAGUUCAAUGUGAAGUCUGAUUCAGACAGAUAUCUGUAUUGAUACACGACACUAACAUGUUAUUUAAAUCCUACCAGUUUUAUGUUCAUUUUGUUUUCAUAAUUUCACAAUCUUUCUGUUUUUCUCUGUGAUGUGUUUUAAGCUUUAUAGCUGCGUAAUGGUGAUAAAACAUUUAUAUCGGCCUGAUGAAAUUUUAAUAAA